ACUAAACAGGAAACGAAACUAAAGGAAACAUUGUUUACUUACUCGUUCAUCAAGACACCUGACACUAUAGCUAAGGCAAAGCAAACCUGGGAUUGCGCUAACGACUGACGACUUCGCACCUCAAAAUGGCUAUUUCCAAAAAUACCUGAUCUGUAAUUCCAGAUGGGAGUUCUCAGUUCUGUGAAAUUUAGUUUGUACCGUAGUUUGGAAUAUAAUUGCGAAUGGAGUGAGGGUUAUAAAACAAGUAGGGGGCUUACAUUUGGAACAAGCAAUUCAAUCCCAACGUAAAACACAAUCGUGUGACACAAUCUUACUUUCCGAGAACCAAACCUGAUACUCAACCGUGCUAUUUACACACGCCUACUACAAUGAAUGUCACAGCCCAUUGUCUUUGGCCCACGCCACGUCACAUGUUUAUAAGUUUCGUUUUUGAUUAAAACAUAAAUUAUGUGUUUGACAACUGACCAUGUUGCCUUAUCAUUACAGAUCGACUUACGUAAUACACAGCCUAUAAGAGUGUCUCUCUUUAAUCCAAUAUGGAAGCUAAACUGAAAGCUCUCCAGUGUCAUUUUACAUGGGGCAUUGACAAGGCUGACAUUGAAGACCUGAAAAGUCUCUUCAGAGAACUCUUAAACGCUAAAAUGUCAUGCCAUGCUCGCUACCACCCCAUUUAUUUCAACAUCUUAGCAUUUGUGAGCCACCUAGAGGGAGACAGUGGUGUUGCGCUAGGAUUUCUUAAAAAGGCAGAGAAGGUGCUGAGAGAGAGGAAGGAUGAUACUGAGCUGCUGGUAACCUAUGGUAACUCUGCCUGGGUUCACUACCACGCUGGGAACAAGGAUGAGGUGACGGUCUACCUUGAGAAGCUGGAAGAGCUUUACAAGGCCCAUCCCAAGGUCUCUAUGAACCCCUGUGAUCUUCCCAUCAUCCAUGGAGAGAAGGGCUGGAGCUUCUUGAGGUUAGGGGUCACCUUCUACCAGAGGGCCAGGGACAGCUUCCAGAAAGCCCUAGAGGGGAUGCCAGAUAGCGUGUCCUUCAAUGUGGGCUAUGCUUUCUUGCUGUGCCGGUUGGAGAACAUGGGGAGGCAGAGAGGAGCAGGAGGAGGAGAGGAGGCUGGAGAUGUGAUCCAACAGCUGAGGAAGACCCUAGUCCUGGAUCCUGACAAUGCGGAGGUGAUGGCCCUCUUGGCCCUGAAGCUGCAGAACCAGAGCACAGGCAGACAGGAGGCCACCAGGCUGGUAAAGCAGUCCCUUUGUCUGGCUCCAGACGUGCCCCAGGUCACACGCUACGUGGCCAAGUUUCAAGUGAGUGAUCUCUUGAAGGUCAAACUGCUGAGCCAAGAAACUGGUGAACAGCAGGCCAUCAGCCGGGCUCAGGGCGUGCCCCAGGACACCCACGAUGUGGCCAAGGCUCUCAGUAAAGACAGUGAUCUUAAAACUAAACUAUGCCAGCUGGAAUGUCACUUCACCUGGGACCUGAAGAAAGAUCACAUCGAUAUUAGAAACCUCCAGAUCAGACUACAGAACAACAUUAAACAAGAUCUGGGCAGAGGUGCAGGUGUUUCUCGCUCCUACAUCUUUCUGGCUUAUGUUAAGUAUCUCCAGGGUUACCCUGAGGAGGCCAUGGAACACAUGUGUGAGGCUGAGAACCUGAUCAGAAAGAAACACAGAGACUGUGAGAAGCAGCUUAUUGUUGCCUAUGGUGACCUGGCCUGGCUUCACUACCACAAUGGAGAUUACACAAAGAGUCAGGGCUACCUGGAGAAACUGGAGCAGAUCAAGGAGAAGUUUCCCGUGAGAUCGGGAUGCCUUCACGCUGAGGUGUAUGGGGAGAAAGGCUGGACUUUCCUCAAGUUCUCACGGAAGAACUACCACCAGGCCCUCGAGUACUUCCAGAGGGCCUUGGAACUACAGCCAGAGGAAAGUGAAUGGAACAUAGGCUAUGCUAUUGCCCUGCAUCGUACAGAGGAGAAGCGAUCCAGUCCCCAGGACUCCCUGGCUAUCAAACAGCUGAGACGAGCUUCAGAGACCAGCCCAGAAAAUGGGGAGCUGUUGGCCCUGCUGGCCAUACAACUGUCCCUCUACAGGGAGUUUGAAGAGGCAGAAGAGCUGGUGGAGAAAGCCCUAGACAUGUCACCUGACGACCCAAAUGUAAUGCGCUACGUGAGUAAGUAUCUCAGGCAGCGCGGUGAUGUCGACCAGUCGAUUGACCUGUUAAAACGAGCCCUUGAUCACACAGGCCAAUCUGCUUUCAUCCACCAUCAGCUGGCUCUCUGCUACAAGAGCAAGAAGAUUAAGAUGCUAAAACAACAAGGAAGUUAUCAUGCAAAAAAGGGUGAGGUCAAACGGCUGAGGUGUCUGGUCAUUGAACACCUUACUAAGGCCACUUCUCUGAAAUCCUUCUUCAUCUUUGCUAUGGCUGAACUGGCUCUGCACUACGGGGAGGAUGGUCAACAUUCCAGGGCAGAGGAAUUGUUCAAGAGCACCCUGAAAACAAGCGAUGAGAAUCAGGAGCCUGCCCAGAUUGUCCACACCUUCUACGCUCAGUUCUUGCAGUACCAGGCCAAGUGUGAGCCGCGAGCCAUCGAGCACUACACCACUGGCCUACAGUUGGACAAGGACUCCAGGGAGGGGAAGGAAUGUGCGGCUAAGCUGAGGAAGAUUGCAGAAGCGAGGGUGGCCAGGGACCCUUGUGAUGGAGAAGCGUGUGGGUUGUUGGGGCUGGUAUACAAGAUACAGGAGCAGAACAGCCAGGCCAUGGAGUGGUACAAGAAGGCACUGGAGCUUGACAUGGAGAAUGAAGACUACCUCUCUGUUCUCUUUGAGCUACAUAUUAACUUACAUGAACAAACUGUCUGAAUACCAUGCUAUCCAGAUAUGGUUCAAAACCCUCUUUGCCAAAGCUAACAAGAUUUCGUUCAUGUAACCCAUUGGCCAAGUUCUAAAAAUCAGUACACCUCAGCUAUUUACAGACACUAUAAUGUGGUUUCUAAUUGACCCAAUAUGAAUCACUAAAGCCAGAUGAUCAUAUAAAAAAGU